AUGGCUGGCUCGAGUGUGGAGAAGCGACUGGUUCGCAAGCUUGGUAUGCACAUUGUUCAACAUGUGCAACAGUGACUGACAGGCUGUAGACUGCUUCAUUCUGGUGCGAUAUAUGCGAUAUGCAGGGUCAGCUCUGUGUUGACUUGUGGACAGGUGUAUUGCUGCGCAGCAUCGUUCUGCCUUUGCAAAUGCAUAUGUAUGCAGAGUCGAUAUACGUACUGAAGCCCCUACUGACACUGCUGGUUGAGGUAUCUGGACUCAAAGAAUCCCUUCAUCUUGAAGGGAAUCAAUACAGCAUCUUGGUUGCCAUGUUCACUGCAGGUGCCUGUGUUGGCCAGAUUCCACACGCCCUGAUUAUUCAGAAGAUUGCCCCUCGCUUUUGGCUUCCGUUCACUCUUCUAGUCUGGUCUUGCUUGACCAUGUGUUGUGCUGCAUGCAGAACGUAUGAACAGCUCUGUGUAGUGCGGUUUCUUCAAGGAUUCUUUGAGUCAAGUUUGUACAGUGGCACCAUCUACAUCCUUGGCUCAUGGUACAAGCCUCUGGAGAUCGCCAAGCGGACGGCUAUCUUCACUGCGAUCGGCCAGAUCGGCAGUAUGUUCGCUGGAGUCAUGAUGACUGCUAUGAAUGCAGGGCUGCACAACCAGACAGCACUUCAGGGCUGGCAGUGGGUGUUCAUUAUCAAUGGUGCAAUGGGCAUUCCAUUUGGCAUCUUUGGCCUAGCUUUCUUCCCCAACCUGCCAGAAUCUACCAACGCACCGUAUCUCAGCAAAGAAGAGAUUCAACUUGCCAUCGACCGUCUCCCGCCGAAGAAGAACUGGGGCCACGACAUCAGCAUUAAGUCACUGUGCAAGCGACUGUUCGCUUCACCCAACUUCUACAUCCUGACUUUGUACUCAGUUGUUGGAUGUGCUCUUGAAGCCAUUGUGCUACAGGGACUCUUCCUACUAUGGAUAAAAGCCAACAUCGAGAAGUUCCCCUCGUACGCUACUACCACGUACCCUCUUGGGAUUCAAGCUGUAUCCAUCGUCUCAAACAUCGGUGCCGGAUACGUUAUCGACAUGACGAACAAACGCAUACCCAUGGUCAUUCUCGCCGGUACAUUACAGCUACUCGUAGCUAUUCUCCUGCUCGUUCCAAACCUCUCGACUGCGGGGACUUUUUUCGCGUUCUACCUCGCCGGCACUUCGUACAUUGUGAACCCCAUCUUGUACGGCUGGGCGAGUGUCAUCUGUCAGCGCGGCGGCGAUGAUGCUUCGCGCUCGGUCAUUCUUUACGUCAUGAGCAUGGUGCAGUCGAUUCUAUACACCUUUUGGGGUAUUACGCUGUAUCCUGCGACUGAUGCACCUUAUUGGCAGAAGGGGUACAUUACUUUAAUUGUGGUUGUGUUUGCGUUCUUUGCUUGCACUGCUGCUGUGCAAUGGCUGGACAAGAAGUCACAAAAAGCGGCCAGCGAGGACGCGGAGCAGGUGACAGACAUCAACGAGAGACCGAUGGAUUGGGGCAAGAAGGAUUAG